AUGGCGAUCCCGCCAUAUAUGAUACCGCCUAAUCAAUGGGCUCAUAUGAUGGCUCAGCAGCAAGUGUUCGCUGUACAGCAGGCCCAGGCCCAAGCCCAAGCCCAGGCUCAAGCGCAGCAACAACAGCAGCAGCAGCAACAUGCACAGGUUCACAUGCAUGCCCAGCAGAUGGCCGUUGGUCAGAUGCAGAUGCCUCCUAUGGGACACAUUCCUCCGGGUCCGCCCAAGCCGGACAUAGUACUGACGGAGGAAAAGCUGCAGGAAAAAGCACAAAAGUGGCAACAAUUACAGUCGAAACGUUUCGCGGAGAAACGCAAGUUUGGUUUUGUGGAUGCUCAAAAGGAAGACAUGCCGCCAGAGCACAUCCGCAAGAUCAUACGCGAUCACGGUGACAUGACGAGUCGCAAGUACCGACACGACAAGCGUGUCUAUCUCGGAGCACUCAAGUACAUGCCACAUGCGGUGAUGAAGCUACUGGAGAAUAUGCCCAUGCCUUGGGAGCAGAUUCGGGACGUACCCGUACUGUAUCACAUUACCGGUGCAAUCACAUUCGUGAACGAGAUUCCGUGGGUGAUAGAACCGCUAUACAUUGCCCAGUGGGGCACAAUGUGGAUAAUGAUGCGUCGUGAAAAGCGCGAUCGUCGUCACUUCAAGCGGAUGCGUUUCCCACCGUUUGAUGAUGAAGAACCGCCACUGGAUUACGCCGACAACGUACUGGACGUUGAGCCGCUAGAAGCGAUCCAGAUUGAUCUGGACGGCGAGGAAGAUGGGAGUGUGUAUGAUUGGUUUUACGAGCAUCGGCCGCUGAUUGGCACACCGCAUGUGAACGGGUCGACUUACCGCAAGUGGAACCUCACACUGCCACAGAUGGCCACACUGUACCGGUUGGGCAAUCAGUUGCUGACGGAUCUGGUCGAUGAUAAUUUCUUCUAUCUGUUCGAUCCCAAAAGCUUCUUCACGGCCAAAGCACUCAAUAUGGCGAUUCCUGGAGGACCAAAGUUUGAACCGCUUAUCAAGGAUCAUAACGUUGGUGAUGAGGACUGGAAUGAGUUCAACGAUAUCAACAAGAUCAUUAUUCGUCAGCCGAUUCGUACGGAGUAUCGCAUCGCAUUCCCUUAUCUGUACAACAAUAUGCCACACUUUGUGCAUCUUUCCUGGUACCACGCACCAAACGUGGUGUUUAUCAAGACAGAAGAUCCUGAUCUGCCCGCCUUCUACUUCGAUCCCUUGAUCAAUCCGAUCGCACAUCGGCAUGCGGUGAAAUCGAUUGAAAUCCUACCGGAUGAUGAUGAAGAAUUUAUCCUACCGGAGGAAGUUCAACCGUUCCUGCAGGACACUCCGCUCUAUACCGACAAUACGGCCAAUGGUAUUUCGUUGCUUUGGGCUCCUCGGCCAUUCAACAUGCGUUCGGGUCGCUGCCGACGGGCAAUCGAUAUACCGUUGGUGAAAACAUGGUACAAAGAACACUGCCCUCCGGGACAUCCGGUUAAGGUGCGUGUCAGUUAUCAGAAGCUACUAAAAUACUACGUGCUAAACGCACUGAAGCACCGUAAACCGAAACCCCAAAAGAAGCGCUACCUUUUCCGAUCCUUCAAGGCGACAAAGUUCUUUCAAACGACCACACUGGAUUGGGUGGAGGCGGGUUUACAAGUGUGCCGGCAAGGGUACAAUAUGUUGAACUUGCUGAUUCAUCGCAAGAAUCUGAACUACUUGCAUUUGGAUUACAAUUUCAAUCUGAAACCAGUCAAAACGCUCACUACAAAGGAACGUAAGAAGUCGCGUUUCGGUAACGCGUUCCAUUUGUGUCGAGAAAUUUUGCGCUUAACGAAGCUGAUUAUUGAUUCGCACGUGCAGUACCGAUUGAACAACGUCGAUGCGUUCCAGUUGGCCGAUGGACUACAAUAUAUAUUCGCCCACGUGGGACAAUUGACCGGCAUGUAUCGGUACAAGUACAAGCUGAUGCGACAGAUUCGUAUGUGCAAGGAUCUGAAGCAUCUCAUCUACUAUCGGUUCAACACGGGUCCAGUAGGAAAGGGUCCUGGAUGUGGUUUCUGGGCACCGGGUUGGCGUGUGUGGUUAUUCUUCAUGCGUGGCAUUACUCCAUUGUUGGAGCGUUGGUUGGGCAAUCUGUUGUCACGUCAGUUCGAAGGUCGUCACUCGAAGGGCGUUGCCAAGACGGUUACGAAGCAGCGCGUUGAGUCACACUUCGAUUUGGAGCUGCGUGCCUCAGUAAUGCAUGACAUCGUCGAUAUGAUGCCGGAAGGUAUCAAGCAAAACAAGGCCCGUACCAUCCUGCAGCAUCUGUCCGAAGCUUGGCGCUGCUGGAAAGCCAACAUUCCCUGGAAGGUACCCGGUUUGCCGAUUCCGAUCGAAAACAUGAUCUUGCGGUAUGUAAAAAUGAAGGCAGACUGGUGGACCAAUACGGCACAUUACAAUCGUGAACGUAUCCGACGCGGGGCAACCGUCGAUAAGACGGUGUGCAAAAAGAAUUUGGGUCGGUUGACGCGACUGUACCUGAAGGCGGAACAAGAGCGCCAGCAUAACUAUCUGAAGGAUGGACCUUACAUUUCUCCCGAGGAGGCAGUAGCAAUCUACACGACCACAGUUCACUGGCUGGAAUCACGUCGCUUUGCGCCUAUUCCGUUCCCUCCGCUUUCGUACAAACACGAUACCAAGCUGUUAAUUUUGGCCCUGGAACGAUUGAAGGAAGCGUAUAGCGUAAAGUCACGCUUAAACCAAAGCCAACGCGAAGAGCUUGGUUUAAUCGAACAGGCGUAUGACAAUCCGCACGAAGCAUUGUCCAGAAUUAAGCGUCAUCUGUUGACGCAACGUGCAUUUAAAGAGACUGGAAUCGAAUUCAUGGACUUGUACAGCCAUUUGAUUCCGGUGUAUGAUGUAGAACCGCUGGAAAAGAUUACUGAUGCGUAUCUGGAUCAGUAUCUUUGGUACGAAGCAGAUAAGCGGCGUCUAUUUCCACCAUGGAUUAAACCGAGCGAUACGGAGCCACCGCCACUGCUCGUUUAUAAAUGGUGUCAAGGAAUUAACAACCUGCAGGAUGUAUGGGACGUUUCGGAGGGUGAAUGCAACGUACUGCUUGAAUCGCGCUUCGAAAAGCUGUACGAAAAGAUCGAUUUGACGCUGCUGAAUCGACUUCUGCGUCUGAUCGUCGAUCACAACAUUGCUGAUUAUAUGACCGCCAAGAACAACGUGGUGAUCAACUACAAGGACAUGAACCACACGAACAGUUACGGUAUCAUACGCGGUCUCCAGUUUGCCUCGUUUGUAGCGCAAUAUUAUGGCCUGGUGCUGGAUCUGCUCGUGCUUGGACUGCAGCGUGCUAGCGAGAUGGCCGGUCCACCACAAAUGCCGAACGAUUUCCUUACGUUCCAAGACGUUGCCACGGAAGCGUGCCAUCCGAUUCGUCUGUACUGUCGGUACGUCGAUCGUAUCCACAUCUUUUUCCGCUUCUCGGCGGAAGAGGCACGUGAUCUUAUCCAGCGCUACCUCACCGAGCAUCCGGACCCGAACAAUGAGAAUAUUGUGGGAUAUAACAACAAAAAAUGUUGGCCACGCGAUGCACGCAUGCGUCUGAUGAAACAUGACGUUAACUUGGGCCGAGCUGUAUUCUGGGACAUUAAGAAUCGUUUGCCGCGUUCGGUCACAACCGUCCAGUGGGACAAUACCUUCGUGUCGGUCUACUCAAAGGAUAAUCCCAAUUUGCUGUUCAACAUGUCCGGGUUUGAGUGUCGCAUUUUGCCAAAGUGUCGUACACAGAACGACGAAUUUACGCAUCGUGACGGUGUGUGGAACUUGCAGAAUGAAGUCACCAAGGAGCGGACAGCGCAGUGCUUCUUGCGGGUAGACGAUGAGUCGCUCAGUCGUUUCCACAAUCGCGUUCGACAGAUUUUGAUGGCAUCGGGAUCGACAACGUUCACGAAGAUUGUCAACAAGUGGAACACGGCACUGAUCGGUUUGAUGACUUACUUCCGUGAGGCUGUGGUCAACACGCAGGAACUUUUGGAUUUACUGGUGAAGUGUGAAAACAAGAUCCAGACGCGUAUUAAGAUUGGGUUGAAUUCGAAAAUGCCUUCCCGUUUCCCACCCGUCGUGUUCUACACACCGAAGGAGCUGGGCGGUUUGGGUAUGCUGAGUAUGGGUCACGUGCUUAUACCGCAGUCAGAUUUACGCUGGUCGAAGCAAACCGACGUGGGUAUUACCCAUUUCCGCUCGGGUAUGUCACAUGAUGAAGAUCAGCUGAUUCCGAAUCUGUACCGUUACAUCCAGCCGUGGGAAAGUGAGUUUAUCGACUCGCAGCGUGUCUGGGCCGAGUACGCACUGAAGCGUCAGGAGGCAAAUGCCCAAAAUCGCCGUCUUACGCUGGAAGAUUUGGAAGAUAGUUGGGAUCGUGGUAUCCCGCGUAUCAACACGCUGUUCCAAAAGGAUCGGCACACGCUUGCGUACGACAAAGGAUGGCGCAUCCGGACGGAAUUCAAGCAGUAUCAGGUGCUGAAGCAGAAUCCAUUCUGGUGGACACAUCAGCGCCACGAUGGUAAGCUGUGGAAUCUGAACAACUACCGUACGGAUAUGAUUCAAGCGCUUGGAGGCGUUGAGGGCAUCCUGGAGCAUACGCUCUUCAAGGGUACUUAUUUCCCGACCUGGGAAGGUUUGUUCUGGGAGAAAGCUUCCGGAUUCGAGGAGUCCAUGAAGUACAAGAAGCUUACGAACGCUCAGCGCUCCGGUUUGAACCAGAUCCCGAACCGUCGUUUCACGCUCUGGUGGUCACCGACGAUCAACCGUGCAAACGUGUACGUCGGUUUCCAGGUGCAGCUAGAUUUGACCGGUAUUUUCAUGCACGGCAAAAUCCCAACGCUGAAGAUUUCUCUGAUUCAGAUCUUCCGUGCUCACUUGUGGCAGAAGAUUCACGAAUCGAUCGUCAUGGAUCUGUGUCAGGUGUUCGAUCAGGAGCUGGAUGCACUCGAGAUCGAAACGGUACAGAAGGAAACGAUUCAUCCGCGUAAGUCAUACAAGAUGAACUCGUCCUGCGCUGACAUUCUUCUCUUCCCGGCGUACAAAUGGAACGUGUCGAGGCCCUCGCUGUUAGCGGACACGAAGGACACGAUGGAUAACACAACGACACAAAAGUUUUGGAUUGACGUGCAGCUGCGCUGGGGAGAUUAUGAUUCGCACGAUAUCGAGCGAUAUGCACGCGCCAAGUUCCUCGAUUAUACGACCGAUAACAUGUCGAUCUAUCCGUCACCAACCGGUGUGCUGAUUGCCAUCGAUUUAGCCUACAAUUUGCACAGUGCGUAUGGUAACUGGUUCCCGGGAUGCAAGCCACUGAUUCAGCAAGCAAUGGCAAAAAUAAUGAAAGCCAAUCCGGCUCUGUAUGUGCUUCGCGAGCGUAUCCGAAAGGCACUGCAACUGUACAGUUCCGAACCGACGGAACCUUAUCUGAGUUCGCAAAACUAUGGUGAGCUGUUCUCCAACCAGAUCAUUUGGUUCGUGGACGAUACGAACGUGUACCGUGUGACGAUUCACAAGACGUUUGAAGGCAACUUGACCACGAAACCAAUCAAUGGUGCAAUUUUCAUCUUCAACCCACGUACCGGACAGCUGUUCCUGAAGAUUAUUCACACAUCGGUAUGGGCCGGUCAGAAGCGUCUUGGUCAGUUGGCCAAGUGGAAAACGGCUGAAGAAGUAGCGGCCUUGAUUCGCUCUCUGCCCGUGGAAGAACAGCCGAAACAGAUUAUUGUAACUCGCAAAGGCAUGUUGGAUCCGCUCGAGGUGCAUUUGCUCGAUUUCCCGAACAUCGUGAUCAAGGGCUCAGAACUGCAGCUACCGUUCCAGGCAUGUCUGAAGGUGGAGAAGUUUGGUGAUUUGAUUCUGAAGGCUACUGAGCCGCAGAUGGUACUGUUCAAUCUGUAUGACGAUUGGCUGAAGACGAUCUCAUCGUACACAGCGUUCUCGCGAUUGAUUCUUAUUCUACGCGCGCUGCACGUCAAUACGGAACGUACGAAGGUAAUCUUGAAGCCGGACAAAACGACCGUUACAGAGGCUCACCACAUCUGGCCUACACUGACGGACGAGGAAUGGAUAAAGGUGGAGGUGCAGUUGAAGGAUUUGAUUCUGGCCGAUUACGGUAAAAAGAACAACGUCAAUGUGGCAUCACUGACGCAGUCGGAAAUCCGUGACAUCAUUCUCGGUAUGGAAAUAUCAGCUCCAUCCGCUCAACGUCAACAGAUUGCGGAAAUUGAAAAGCAAACGAAGGAACAAUCCCAGCUAACGGCAACAACGACACGCACCACGAACAAGCACGGCGACGAGAUCAUUACCUCAACCACGAGCAACUACGAGACGACGACGUUCAGCUCAAAGACCGAGUGGCGAGUACGUGCGAUCUCGGCAACUAACCUUCAUCUGCGUACCAAUCACAUCUACGUCAGUUCGGACGACAUCAAGGAGACGGGCUACACGUACAUUUUGCCCAAGAAUGUGCUGAAAAAGUUCGUUACCAUUUCGGAUCUGCGAGCUCAAAUCGCAGGCUAUCUGUACGGUGUUAGUCCACCGGACAAUCCACAGGUGAAAGAGAUCCGUUGCAUUGUGAUGCCACCGCAAUGGGGCACACAUCAACAGAUCAACCUACCCAGCACGCUCCCUGCUCACCAGUAUCUAAAGGAUAUGGAACCACUAGGCUGGAUUCACACACAGCCGAACGAAUUGCCACAGUUAUCGCCCCAGGACAUUACGACACACGCUCGCAUCAUGUCCGAAAACCCGAACUGGGACGGUGAAAAGACGAUCAUCAUCACGUGCUCGUUCACACCUGGCUCAUGUUCACUUACCGCAUACAAAUUGACCCCGUCCGGUUACGAGUGGGGCCACAAGAACACCGACAAGGGCAACAAUCCGAAGGGCUAUCUGCCCUCGCAUUACGAGCGUGUGCAGAUGCUGCUGUCGAACAAGUUCCUUGGGUUCUUUAUGGUACCGGCGCAGGGCAGCUGGAAUUACAACUUCAUGGGUGUGCGGCACGAUCCGAACAUGAAGUACGAGCUGCAACUGGCCAACCCGAAGGAGUUUUAUCAUGAAAUUCAUCGACCGUCUCACUUUUUGCUAUUUUCGAGCUUGGAGGAAGGUGGCGAUGGCAACGGUGCCGACCGUGAGGACAUGUUUGGUUAA